AGAGAGAGCCCGGCGGGGCCGAGCCCCGGGAGGCGCCGCGAGGGGAGCCCGCCGGGCCGGGCCCGAGCCCUGGCUGCCGCACGGAGGUUUUCCGCCCGUAGCCUCGCAGGGGAAAGCUCUGUGUCUAGUCAACACCGCGCAUACGGAAGCAUGUAGGUUCAGUGUAUCUUUGCCUGCCUACAUCAAUCUGCAAGGGAGUUGCAGAAAAGCCUCAUGUUCAUCGAGCCGAGAUGAAACCAGACAAAGGGUGAAGUUCACAGAUGAUCGUGUUUGCAAGAGCCACCUUCUGGACUGCUGUCCUCAUGAUAUCCUGGCAGGAACACGUAUGGACCUGGGAGAAUGUACAAAGAUUCAUGACUUGGCACUGCGAGCAGAUUAUGAGAUUGCAAGUAAAGAGAGAGACCUGUUUUUUGAGCUGGAUGCUAUGGAUCACCUGGAAUCCUUCAUUGCAGAGUGUGAUAGGAGAACAGAACUGGCUAAGAAACGCCUGGCUGAGACACAAGAAGAGAUUAGUGCUGAAGUGUCUGCAAAGGCAGAGAAAGUACAUGAGCUGAAUGAAGACAUUGGAAAACUCCUAGCUAAAGCUGAACAGCUGGGAGCUGAAGGAAAUGUUGACGAGUCUCAGAAGAUCCUGAUGGAAGUGGAGAAGGUCCGAGCCAAAAAGAAAGAGGCUGAGGAAGAAUACCGAAAUUCAAUGCCUGCGUCCAGUUUCCAACAGCAGAAGCUGCGUGUAUGUGAAGUCUGUUCUGCAUAUCUUGGUCUCCAUGACAACGACAGGCGUCUUGCUGACCACUUUGGAGGCAAAUUACACCUGGGCUUCAUUCAGAUUCGUGAGAAACUGGAUCAGCUGAGGAAAACAGUGGCAGAAAAGCAGGAGAAAAGAAACCAGGAUCGUUUGAGGCGGAGAGAAGAGAGAGAACGAGAGGAGAGAAUGGGCAGGCGGUCUGGAUCAAGAAAUAGAGAUCGUCGAAGAUCACGGUCUCGGGAGAGGAGGCGAAGGCGCUCGAGAUCAGCUUCCCGAGAGAGGCGGAAGUCUCGUUCCAGGUCCCGAGACCGACACAGACGCCACCGGAGCCGUUCCCGCAGCCACAGCAGAGGUCACCGACGAGGGUCCAGAGACAGGAGCUCAAAACACAAAUCCUCUAGAGAUCGAUCUUCAAGAGAAAAGUCCCGAGACAGAGAGAGGAAAGAGAAGAGCUCUUCUGAGAGACGGCACGAGAGCACAAAUGGCAAAUCUCGUUCCAAGAGAUCAGAAGAGAGAGAAGCUGGCGAGAUCUGAACUCAAAUGAUCUGUGUUGCACUGUAAAUAGUCUGAUAAACAUUCUACACAAAGCCUAAAUUUCCCAUUUAUAUUUACUGAAUACAACUCAUCUUUUGUAGUUUUGAAUUUUUAUUGUUUGGCAGAUAGCUGUGAGUUUGUAGAGACACAGUUACGUACUGUUUAACAGGAUUUUGUUUUAGUAGGAAUAAAUAAAUCUGAUGGAUUGUUUUCAAUACAGGCCAGUGGUUCACACACUGUUUGUCAUGACCCAGUGAACGCGGCAGUUGGAGUUAAUGCUGUGGUUGGAAACCUAACCUGCUGUAAUGUUUGUAAUGCUUAUGCCCUUUCCAGAACAUCUCCCUGACCCUUUGCACAAUUGGAAUUUGAGAACAUCAGUAGCACUGGUUCUAACUUGAUUCAUUUUUUUUCCUCCUCUGUUUAUAUAUGUUAAAGGGAAUUCAGAUUUUUUUUUAAGUGCUUAGCAACCUCAUUUUUUGUCUGCAGCAUUUAAGAAUUGCCUCACUAUUCCAGCUAAGGCAAGACAGACAAAAUUUGGCCCAAUAUCCUUUUUUUUCCAAAAGACAUUGUUUAUCUUUGUAAGGAUGACCAAAUCAUCUAGGGCAUGUUUCUGAGAUAGGCUCAGUCUGUUCCUAGUACAGGUGUCUAGGAUGAUAAAAAGCCUGUGCUGAAACGAAAAACCAGGGUUGAUUUCUUACAGAGAGGAGUACAGCAACUAGUCUGCCUAUUUACCGUGCACUCUGCGGUCAGAAAAUAACUUGCUAGAUGGGGCGUUCUGACUCGCGAAAGAAGUGUUGGGGUGUGCGUGUAAGGGCCAGUCAGGCAGAGGUGACGCUCGACUGCGGUCGGAAGGGCAGGGCAGGGCAGGGUAGCGCGAGGAGAGGAAAGCAGCUGCCUCGGGGCAGCGCCGCGUACGCAGGUGUCCGUGUGUGCCACUUCUCUUGCCGAUGCUCGCAGCUGGCGCGCCAAGGACCGGCUGCGUAGUGAGGACUGUGGGAAGAAUUGCGUAUUGUAACUAGCUUCUUUGUAACUAGAUUUAUUUUAAAAUAGGCCGGGAAGGUGUUCUUUACUGUGCCAGCUGCAGUUGCAACCCCCAGGAUGGAUCUUUUGUGAGAGUUGUCGUGUAACUGAAGCACUUAACGCGCGCGGGGCCUUGCUCUGCCGGCGCGGCCCGAGACCGAGGCGGCCAAAUCCUGGCGCUUCUACUCGGUGGCCACGAAAGCUUGUGUAAAUACUCGUGCAGCAGUAGGUGUGCGGCGGGUUGGGGUUUUCCAGCGCUUUUCUGUUUGAGGCUCUGAGAAAUUAUUGCUGAACUGUUUUGAUUUUCCUUGCUCCUGUCCCCCCCCCCCCCCCCCGACGUGCCAGCGCUCUCCGCGGUGUGUUAGUCCUAGAUGCAUGUCCUAGGUGCCCGUUUCUGCGCGCGGUCUGCUCCCUCGGUACCGUUUUGUACGCCGGCGGGCGGCGGCGCCCGGCCCCGGCCCCAUUAAAGCUCUGUGUUGUGGCUCCCA